AUGGGUUCUCUAUACUCUAAUCUUUUUCCGAAUUGGUGUUUUACAAAUAAUAACCCUUGGCUUGAUAAAGGGAGGAUAGUUAUUGCAUGGCUACCAAGUUUGUUUACUGUUGAUAUUAGCUUAUGUACAGCUCAAUUAAUCCACUGUGUUGUGCACCCAAGACAGAAACAAGACAGAUUUGAUGUUACAUUUGUGUAUGGAUUUAAUGAAGAUAAGAAGAGAGCUCAACUUUGGAUUGAGUUGGAAGAGAUUUCAAUGCAAAUACAGGGGCCUUGGAUAGUUAUGGGGGAUUUUAAUGAUAUUAUGUUUAGCAAUGAAAGAGUGGGAAAAAGAUGUAAUAAAAGUCCUACUCAAGAUUUUCGAGAUUGUGUGGAAAAGUGUAAAUUGGAAGACCUGAAAUAUUCUGGGAUUUUUUAUACCUGGAAUAAUAAGCAAAGGCCAGAGGAUCGAGUUUUCUCUAAACUAGAUCGAGCCUUAGAAGGAGCUUAUGGCACGGAUAUGUAUAAGCUGACAGUAAAACCUAAGCGUUUGAAGAAAAUUCUUAAGUGCAUUAAUAAGGAAGGUUUUCAUGAUAUUCACAAAGCAGAAAUGAUUGCUAAGGAGGAAUUGGUGGUUUUGCAGGAAAAAGACAAAUAUGCUAAAGUAUACAAGGCUUAUUCUCUCUUCUUAGCUCAGAAAGCAAAAAUUGCUUGGGCCAAAAAUGGUGAUGAAAACACAGCAAUAUUUCAUGCUUCACUGAGGCCAAGGAGAAUUCAGAACAGAAUAUAUUCAAUAGAGGAUGCGCAGGGGGUCUGGUGUGAUACACCUCUUACUGUUCAGGAAGCCUUUUUACAGUAUUACCAGCAGCUCCUUGGCUCUGAGAUGCAGAACAGACACCGGGUGAAGAAAUGUAUAAUCAAUCUUGGGCCAAAAUUUUCUGAGUUGCAUUCCAGCAGACUUGAAACCGAGUACACAGCUUAG